GAGCUCAACCAACACAAGAUCAUAGCGUCGACCAGCGUGAUUCCGGUGCUACUAAAAAAGGCAGGACCCCAACGAUGCUUGUUAUACAGGGUUCUGCACGUAUACCCAAAACGCUGGAAAAGUCGAUCUCGGUACGGAAAGAUGUAGCCGUUCCUCGGAAUCCGGGCUUCGGCUCCCCGAAUCAAGUGCAACGUAGAUCGGAAUGAAGCUUUUAAGUGCUUAAUCCAGACGGUAGAAGGUGAGAACAGCCUUGUUGCGCAGAGUUGAAAGAACAUCCCUAUCUCCAUCAGCGUGAUCGAGCACCCUCACCUGCACGUUAUCUACAUUUUUUGUCAAUUGCAAAAUAUGGCACACAUCGGCGCUCUCCCUAAGAUCCAGAGAUAUAUCACAGGCCACAACGACAGAGGCCAGGCCAUCUUCAGCAACGCUUUCGAUGAGGAAAGCAAGAUGGAAGCCAACGAUGACGGCAUCGCAUUUGCCCUCAGCUAUACCACGAAGGGCUUCCCCGUUGAUAUGACGGGUGACCAGGACCUCAAAGUGUACGACAAGUACUUGAACAGCCCGCCUGGCUUAGUGGUAUCAGGCGGAACCGUGCUUCGACACGUCGACAUCCCUCCCAACACAGCGUGCACGAUGCACCGAACUGUGAGCCUCGACUACGGAUGUGUGCUCGAAGGCGAAGUGGAACUACUCCUCGACAGCGGCGAGAAGCGCGUUAUGAAGCGAGGCGAUGUCGCAAUCCAGCGCGGGACGAUGCAUCAAUGGAUCAACCAGAGCAAAACAGGGUGGACGAGGAUGUUGUUCGUGUUGCAGGAGAGCAAGCCGUUGGAGGUUGCAGGCGAGAAAUUUGGCGAGCAGCUAGCGGGUAUGGCGGGCGUACGGUCGUCGGAUUGAUAUAUGCGCAGUCGAUUGUGUUCGUGAAGUAGAUACAGUGCGAAGAGAACGAAGCUUCAGAGCUUCAGGUUUCAAUGCCAAGGCACUUGCUCGAUUCGACCGCGCACAUGCUCCCCACUUCACAUCUUCACACCUCGUUCGCGCGGCCAAGAGGGGUAACCACAAACCCGUAUA